AUGGCGAGGAAGAUGCUUAUCGACGGGGUUCUGAGCCAGACCAACGAGGCCGAGGAGGCUCACUUUGAUUUCGACUUGUUCGUCAUCGGAGCUGGCAGCGGCGGUGUUCGUGCUUCCAGAUUCGCUACUAAUUUUGGAGCUAAGAAGGUUGGCAUAUGCGAGCUUCCGUUCCAUCCCAUCAGUUCGGAAGUGAUUGGAGGGGUCGGUGGAACGUGUGUUAUUCGUGGUUGUGUUCCCAAGAAGAUCUUGGUGUAUGGAGCAUCCUUUGGUGGUGAACUUGAGGAUGCAAGGAAUUACGGAUGGGAACUGAAUGAAAACCUGGAUUUCAACUGGAAAAAGCUGUUGAAGAAGAAGACCGAUGAAAUACUCAGAUUGAAUGGAAUUUACAAGAGGUUGUUGUCCAAUGCGGGAGUUAAAUUGUAUGAAGGCGAGGGAAGAAUUUCUGGUCCCAAUGAAGUUGAAGUUACACAGUUAGAUGGAACUAAAUUGCGCUACUCGGCAAAACAUAUACUGAUUGCCACUGGAAGUAGGGCGCAGCGCCCUGAUAUUCCAGGACAGGAGCUGGCUAUAACUUCUGACGAGGCCUUGAGCUUGGAAGAAAUGCCUAAACGUGCCAUAGUGCUUGGAGGAGGGUACAUUGCUGUGGAGUUUGCUUCUAUUUGGCGUGGAAUGGGUGCUUCUGUGGAUCUCUUUUUCAGAAAGGAACUUCCAUUGAGAGGUUUUGAUGAUGAAAUGAGAGCAGUAGUUGCAAGAAAUCUUGAGGGAAGAGGGGUCAAUAUGCAUGCAAGAACAAGUCUGACUGAGUUGGUAAAAACUGAAGAUGGAAUAAAAGUUCGAACAGAUCACGGAGAAGAAUUGGUCGCAGAUGUGGUACUCUUUGCUACGGGAAGGGUCCCAAAUUCAAAAAGAUUAAAUUUAGAAGCUGUAGGUGUUGAGGUUGACAAAAUGGGAGCUAUCAAGGUCAAUGAGCACUCACAGACAAACAUACCUAGCAUAUGGGCCAUCGGUGAUGUAACAAAUCGAAUGAAUCUUACACCUGUUGCUUUGAUGGAGGGAACAUGUUUUGCAAAAACUGUUUUCGGAGGGGAACCUACUAAACCGGACUAUGACCAUAUACCAUGUGCUGUGUUCUGCAUACCACCCCUUUCUGUUGUUGGGCUGAGUGAAGAGCAAGCAAUUGAACAAGCAAAUGGCGAUAUAUUAGUUUUCACUUCAAGCUUCAAUCCUAUGAGGAAUACUAUAUCCGGACGACAAGAGAAGACGGUCAUGAAGCUUGUUGUUGAUGCUACCACUGACAAGGUCUUGGGAGCUUCCAUGUGUGGGCCAGAUGCAGCUGAAAUCAUGCAGGGCAUUGCUAUUGCGAUAAAGUGUGGAGCGACUAAGGCACAGUUUGAUAGCACGGUUGGAAUACACCCUUCGGCUGCCGAAGAAUUCGUCACAAUGCGAUCAGUUAGUAGGCGUGCUGAAGGUGCUAAGAAACCGAAGACGAAUCUGUAA